AACCAAUUCAAUCUGUGGCACAAGAGCCUGAUCCUGCAAAUAUUUAAGCUGAAAUAUACCUGAUGAAGACCUUGAAUUUUGGAAAGAUUUAAAACCAGGAAGUUUGAAGAUAAACCAUGGAUCAUAAGGCUGAGGAGAAAAGAAAGCAGCGUCAUAGCUUGACUUUAUUGGAGCAAGUAAAGAGAAUGAAGGAAUCAACAGAGAUAAUUGAUGUUGUCCUCAUUGCAGAAGGUGAGAAAUUCCCUUGCCAUAAGGUAGUGCUGGCAGCCUUCAGUCCCUAUUUCAAAGCCAUGUUCACCUGUGGCUUGGCCGAAUGCACGCAGAGAGAAGUGGAGCUGUAUGACAUCUCUGCAGAAAGUGUGUCUGUCAUCCUCCAUUACAUGUACAGUGCAGAUUUGCACCUCACGAAUCAGAAUGUGCAGACUGUUGCGCUUGCUGCAUAUUUCAUGCAGAUGGAAGAAGUUUUCAGUAUGUGUCAGAAGUACAUGAUGGACCAUAUGGAUGCUUCUAACUGUGUGGGCAUCUACUACUUUGCAAACCACAUUGGGGCAGAAGAUUUAGCUGAUCAAGCAAGGAAAUACUUAUAUCAGCAUUUCGCCGAGGUGAGCUUGCAGGAAGAAAUAUUAGAGAUUGAAUUCCAUCAGCUGUUGUCUCUCAUAAAAUCAGAUGAUCUGAAUAUUUCCAGGGAGGAGAGCAUUCUGGAUCUCGUCAUUAGAUGGGUCAAACACAGCAGAAACUCGCGUGUAGAGCACCUUACUGAGCUCCUGAAACAAGUGAGGCUGGUACUUGUCAGCCCUUCCUUUCUUGUGGAAGCCAGGAAAAGGAACACCAUGAUCCUGUGCAGCUCAGAAUGCAAUGAGAUGUUUGAGGAAGCCCUGAAAGCCAUCAAGCUCUCAUCCAGGAACCCUCCUCUCAGCCUGCGGUACGGCAUGGAGACGACUGAUCUCCUGCUCUGCAUCGGCAACAACUCCCUCGGCAUUAGGUCAAGACAUGGUAGCUAUGCAGAUGCCAGCUUUUGUUAUGCUCCUGCAACACAGAAGACUUACUUCAUUUCCUCUCCAAAGUAUGGAGAGGGUUUAGGAUGUGUUUGCACUGGCGUUGUCACCGAGAAUAAUGAUAUUAUUGUGGCAGGAGAGGCAAGUGCUGUCAAAAUGUCUAGACAAAAGACCAGGAACAUCGAAAUCUAUAGAUACCAUCAGCGAGGAAACCAGUUUUGGCACAGUCUGUGCAGCACCCAGCACCGGGAACUCUAUGCCCUGGGCACUAUCCAUAACGAUCUCUAUGUAAUAGGAGGGCAAAUGAAAGAGAAAAAUCAGUAUGUGGUCACCAACUGUGUGGAGAAGUAUUCCAUGGAGCAAGGCACCUGGAGAAGAACGGCGCCUCUGCCAGUGCCAUUAGCCUGCCAUGUGGUGGUGGCAGUGAAGAACAAGCUCUACGUGCUGGGGGGCUGGACACCACAGAUGGAUCUGCCUGAUGAUGAGCCCGAUCGAUUAAGUAACAGAGUAUUUCGGUACGACCCGGGCCAAGACAAAUGGACAGAAGGGGCACCAAUGAAGUACUCCAAAUAUCGCUUCAGCACAGCCGUAGUCAACAGCGAGAUUUAUGUCUUGGGAGGAAUUGGGUGCCUUGGUCGUGACAGGGGACAGACACGAAAAUGUCUUGAUGCAGUGGAGAUUUAUAACCCUGAUGGAGACUUCUGGAGGGAUGGACCUCCUAUGCCUUCUCCCCUUCUCUCCUUACGAACGAACUCCACCAGUGCAGGCUCCGUGGAUGGGAAGCUGUACCUCUGUGGAGGAUUUCAUGGAGCAGCUCGUCAUGAAGUUAUCACCAAAGAGAUCCUCGAGCUGGAUACAUGGGAGAACCAGUGGAACGUGGUGGCCAUCAAUGUUCUCAUGCACGACAGCUACGAUGUCUGCCUCGUUGCUAGGCUGAACCCACGGGAUCUCAUCCCUCCUCCUCCAGAUUUGGUGGACCAAUAGAAGUUCAGUGACUUUCAAUGCUUUCAGAAUCUGUAGAAACUGAAGAAUUGAGGGGGGAAAAUGCUGCAUUGGCUCUGGAUGACAGCUGAGUCCCACAAAAAGGAACCAGCCACACAUGCUUAAGGACAGAAUUGCCUUGGAGCUGUGCUUCUCAGACUGCUUAAUUUGCUAGUACUGGUACUCCAGACUUGGGUGAUUGAAAUUUGAGGUUUGCCAGCCUGUGUGUGUGGCUCUUCAUCUUCCACCUGGCUGUGUAAGCUCCAGUGCUGGGCACAGCCUGGGCUUCUGGGAUCCUUUGCCUCACAGGCACAGCAACAGCCCAGAGCUCAUUUCACAGCAGGGCAUGACACAGGAAGGAAAACUCUAGCCAGGGAAAUCCCUCCUUUGCUCUUCAUCCCACCUGGUUCCACUAAGCUACCAAUGCAGCUAAGAAAUAUAUUAAGUCAGCUGAUGAAAACCAGCCCAGCUGUACCAAAGGGGCCCAGACUGUACUUGACUGAUGCAGGAGCAGAGGAAAAAUGGAGAAGAGCCUUUUUGUUUUAAACAAACAAACAAAAAAACUUAGCCAAGCUUCAUUAGCCAAGUACACCAGCUACUACAAACAUUGCCCAAGCCACAGACAGGAGAGUCAGGAGAUUCUGUCUGUGCCAGCAGAGCUGAGCCUGUGCUUGUAGAAAAGCAGUGUUUUGGCAAGCAGUUACAAGUGAAGCUCCCAGCAGAGUUAGUAGGCAGUCUGUACCAAAAGCAAGAAGAAUUCUGCAUUUACACAUAGAUCCUACCUGUUACAAGGUCUAAUGUGCCCAGAUUCUUAAAGCUUAGUUAGAAAAAGCUCUUCCUUCAAGAAUGGGAUAUAAACUAAAAUAUGAUAAAUGAGACCAGUAUUAUCUGCAUAGCAGCUCUGCAGCUACAGGCAAAGAAUAGAUGUGCUGAACAACUGUUUAUGUAGCAGUAGCUGGCUUUAUAGAAGUAGCUUUAAUGAAGUAGCAUAAGGAAAAUUCUUUUCUUAAAGAAUUGGCUAUAAUAACAGGAAAGAGGUAUAAUUCAAACAGUGUUUCUUAAGGCUGUGUAAGCCUUAAUGGGUCUUGAAGACCAUAGAUUAGAGAGAAAAUUGUUAAAAGUACUGCUACCCCCUUUAAAUUACUAAUAGCUAUUAAUGACUUUUCUGGUGCCAGGCUUUGUGUAUCUGUCACCACUUGGGCAGUGUGAACAAGAGAGCUGGAAGUCUCAGUUGUGCUCCUUGGCCAUAAUUGCAAUGAUAUUAUGCUGCAGUGCACAGUGAGUGGCAGAGGCAAAUAUUAAGAGUAGUCUGUGAAAUAGUACAAGAAUGAUCAUUGCCAGCAAGAAGUUGCUUUUGGUGUCCACAAAAGCAGCAACAAAAUUAGAAGGAAAUAAUUGGCAAAGAAAUGAGGGAACCCCUCAGACAAUCCCAAAAAGUGAGGGAACCCCGUCUGUCAUCACUUGCAGGACUUGCACUUAAGAGCAUUUCCAUUUUCUUUUUCUUCAGCUGCAUUUUAGGCUGCAAAAAUACCAGCUGGUUGUUUUUUUGGUUGAUUGGUUGGUUUUUUUUGUGGAGGGGGCCGGGGAGCUUGCAAUGCUUAUGGCAGAGAGAUGGGAGGAUGACCCAAAAGCCCUUUACCAAUUCUUAAUUUUCUGGGUCAUGAACUAUAGUCUGAAAUACCCAGUGGGAAUAUUAAACUGUAAUAUAAAAACAAUUAGCAGGAAGGUCACUACAGUUUACCUGAUAACUAUAGUAGGGCACUGAGAACUUCUCAGACAGUAAGGGAUUUAGUGGAGAUGAAACUAAAUAAAACAUUUAGAAAAGGAGUAAAUUUGAGAGCCUCACAGCUAAUCUCUUUUCUGCCUUUAUGUUUCCCAAGCAGAGUGUGUGUCAGCCUGAACAUAUACUCAAGUGUUUGCAUCAUUUCUGUAUCAUCCAGCCAUUCUUUUUUCUUUCCAUUAUUCAUGUGGAGGUCAUCAACUGUCUAGAACAAAGUUGUGACAAAGAUGAACUUCAGUGAUGCAAUUUAGUGAUCAGUUCCUAGGGUCUUUACCACUCUGGUAGCUAGGUGCAGGUGUAAGUAUAAGAUCAGGAAGGCCAGCUCAGCUUUAAUGUGUUUUUAAACAAAACUAAUAGAAAGUUUUUCCAAUUAGUAAUCCAAUAUUGGAAAUACUUUUUUUUUUAUUAUUUUUUACUUUCAUUGUUACUGCAAAGUAAAGAUUAUCUCAUUCUAAUUUCUCUACAGAAAAGGUUUCAAGGUGGCUGGAAGCAAUACUCUUGAACAUCAGUUAAGUGUUUCCUUGUGAAAUUUCAAAAUCUGCAACUGUAGAUUUUGUACAACUAUUCUCUACAACUGGUUUUGCUUUCACUCUAUUUGUUUUAAGAAAGAAUUAUUUAAAGUGGUUUUUUUUUGUCUUCAGUCUCUGCUCUGUGGCUUCUUCUUGACAAUUCAAACCCUCCUGUGGUUUAAAGCCUGAGUUAGCCUGCUGGAUUUCACUCUCUAAAAGACAGCCUGCUUAGAAUAUUUCAAGGAGAGAAGGGAGACUUUUGCAGGAUUUCAUUAGUUAUAUACAUAUGGAACACAGCUGAGAUUCCUCUAGUAAACUUUAAUUCCAGUAGUGAGCUGGUAAUCUCUUUCCCACUUCAUAUGUUCUGCCUUUUAGACUGGUAUUGAAUGAGGUGGAUGGAAGGAAAGUAUGUACUCCCAGAAGGUCUGGCUCUGGAACUGGAGAGAGUAAUUGCAUGGUUUUUUCUACUGGCCUUACAAGCAGCCACUUUGAGCUGUGGUGAGCCUGGCAAGUGCCCUGCCCACACCAAGCAUCCUGGUUCCUGCUGCCCAGGGGGUGGCUGGCAGUGGGGACUCUUGUGUGUCCACAUCUCUCUAUUUCUGCCUAAGUCCAAACAUCUACUACUAUGUAUCAAGCAAGGAAUUCUAUUCUUCUGCAUUAAAUAUCUAGAAUGGGGGAGGCAGCUCCAUGAUUUUGUGUAGCCCGUGUGUAGUUCAUGUUUUGCCCUUGGGGCAAUUAUGUUUCUAAACCAGUACUGGGAAGGGAAAGCUGGACUGAGGAAGGAAGGGAGCCGCAGAGAGCAUGCCUAUUGAGAGGUACAAGUCUGAGCCAAAAUCCUUUUGAAACUGUAUGAAUGCUGCAUGUCUGAGAUGUCCAUAGCUAAUCUUGCAUUGCUGGGAAAGUCUUUAAGAGUCUUGAUUUCUUCUAUUACAAAUCCUGAUGCAAAAGAAUGAUAUAGAAUAUGCAUUCUCCAAGCUUGUGAGUUUCACUGAAAUAAUAGUUUACUUGAGCCACUUUCCAUAUGAGCAGUAGUUAGCUGGGCAUUUAAUCUUAAUUCUAAAAGGCAAACAAAGCAGAGCUGGCAAGCUACUAGCAAUUUAAAUGAAUGGGGGAUUAUUAAGCAAAGGCAUGUACUUCAGUUUCACUUGAAAUGCUGAAGUGCAUCACUAGUUGCCAAAUAUGAAGAAAAGUGUUGGAGAGGUAGCUGGUCGCAAGGCACACGGUAAAGCAAAAAAUGAAAUGCUAUAAAAAGCUAAAUUGAAGCUCUCCAUUUUCAUCUCCAGCUAAUGUUCUGUUUUGAAAAUGUCCGUGUGUAGCUGAUUUCAUGAGGAUCCCUGCAGAUCUCAUCUCUGUUUUCAUACAUGUAGUCACAGGAACUGCCUGUAUCUGACUAUCAAUCCUUCCCUGUCACUGCUGUGACUGCCCUCACCUCAGUCCCUGCCCAUGACAGGCAAACACACAGACACAUUUUGUAUGUGUGCAAUUUUGAAAUUUAUGGGGUGGUUUCUGUAUUGUGUUCCAGCUCCAUUGUGCCACUCAGGAAGCCUUGAUUUCCCAACAGAAAAUUGCCUUGGAACACACAGAGCUGUCAGCUCCUCUAUCAGCACUCCCAAAUAUACCCCAGGUAAGAGGCUGAGGGAGCAUCAAAACCAAGAGACUGGCAGCAGAGAUGGGAUGUGCUCCCAGAAUGUUAAAACAUGCAGUAGAGCCAAAGUGGGCUGGAGCAUCUCUUCCUAGGAAGGGUUCAAACGUAGAAGGAUUUGGCCCUGGAUCUUCAUCUUAUAUUCUUUCUCUAUUUGAAACAUACAGUGAGAUCCUUGAUCACCUGAAAAGCAUCAAAACAAAUGCUAGAAUAAUAUAUUACAUUUUUAAUUUUCAAAUAUAUUCACAAAGAUUGGUGUUGGCUUUCUGCUGAUCUGGAAAACAAUGGCAUUCUUCUAAUAAGCUGUUUACGUAGUGAUUGCUAUGUUAGCUGUAGUGAUGGUUUGAUUCACAGGCUGCUCUCUUAAUGUAUUAUGUACCUCCUCUGAAAUUUUAUUUCAUGAACCACAAUGCUUUGAAUCACCAGGUUAGAAUUUCAGUUUCUCUCUUGAAAAUUUCUGUGGCUCUCCCUAUAGCUUUUCAAGUGGACUCUAGCUUCAGCUUCAAAGAAAAGCAAUCUCACCCCCAGUUGUGCUCAGCUGGAAGCAGUACAUAUGCAAUUUACUACCAUUUGACAGGUAGAGGUUGAAAGCAAAAGAAAUAUUGGAAAACGGUUAAAAUAUGCAUAGAUUGUACAUGGAACUACACUUCCUUAUUUCCUUAUGAAUAUGUCUUGGGUUGCUUCUCUGCCUGAGUGUCUGAUGGAAUAACUUAGUAAUGACCCAUGAUUGCAGCCACAGUAAAGUCCAUCCUGGGCCUUGGUGUUUGUGCUGCCAGUGCAGAGGGAACCAGUAUGGUGCUGAGGCUUCUGACAGGCUGGUCUGCCUCUAAAUAAAAGAUUACCUUCAAAUGAAAAUGUUUAAGUGUUCCAGGAUGUAUACCCCUAUGUGUUUUCUAUCUAUAUGUAUAAAAUUAUUUUAGAAGUUCUUUGCUGACAGCAGUAAGAUCCUUUUUUUAACACAUACCUGGCAACUCUGUCUUCAGCAUAGCUCAUCAAAGUCCUUUAAAUAAAUGACUGGUCUUGAAAUAUAUGGAACUAUUCCAGGCUUCAAGUAAAAAAGAACCUGAAAUUCCUUGCUGAGCUAAGGAACAACUGAGGUAAUCUUUUAGUCCUCACCUAUGUCUCUUUCCUUCUCCUUUUUUUUUCUGUCUGUAGCACUCCCCUCAGAAUCUCAGAGUAAUUUUGAAAGAUUUGUGCAAGUCUGUUCUGUUUCUCUUCCACCAACCCCAUUUCUGCCUCAGCCCACUUGUCUGACCAGCCCUUAAACUCCUCCUUUUCCCUUUUAGUUCCCCAGAAGAUGGGAACAAACACUCGAAGUAUUCACCAGGCUUCUCAGGAGCCCAUUCUUGCAGCAGCAGAUCAGCUUUGAAGGACAGAAGGAAGACCACAUCAGCUCCCUGGAUUUGAGGGCACGAACCUUUGAGCAGGUUCUAGCCCCAACCCAAAUUCUGUGGUUCAGUCUCACUGCAAAUGGAAACUGCCUGCUCUGCAGUGUUCCUGAUCCCCUGGCUAUGUCUGGGCUUGGAAGGCAGUGACCUGCAGCCUGCUCAGCCUUGCCACUGUCUCGCUAUGUGCUGCUGGUAAGUUUGACACUAAAUGCCUUGCAUACUGCAUGUGCCAUAGCUGUAAUGAUUGGAGGCACAAGCCAGUAUCAUUAUCUCCAGUUCCUGAACAAUAGUUACUGCUAAAACUGUCUGAAGCACAGAGGGAGGCACCUUCAUUAUUGCCUUGUAGCUCUCGUCUUAAAGCUGGAUUUUCUCCUGCAGUUUCAGUCAGGCCCCUUUUCACUAAAGAACCUGGUCUCCAAUUUAUCAGGUUUCAGUACUGAUAUCUUUUUCCCCACUCUUUUCCAUCUCUAGUAAUUUUUUGUAAGAAUGCAAGUGAUUUCACCAGCUUUUCUAUGCCUCCCAAGGCCACAGACUUUUCAUUACCAGGGUUGAAGUAAAGCCACUGGAGUGCCAGUCAGCUGCAUGACUUUAUUUUCUCAUUCAGCAGCUUUAUAGCAGAGGGAAUGUAUUUCAUACAUACAUACAUACAGUAGUGUGAGAGGAAACCACUUCCCACAUGCACAACUUCCUGACUCAUUCCUUUCACACGUGGCUAAAACAACUGCUGAAUCCAAACAUAAAAAGCUAUGAUACCCAUUCAGGAGGCUUUUCCAGGCUUUCCAGUAUGAGAAGGAGGAUCACAGAGGGAUGUCUUGUAACUAGACUGGGAAAUCUGAACCUCUGGGGUUUUCAGUUGGGUUACUUGGUUUACCUGGGCAUUUCAUCUCUGUGCCUAAGUUCACCCAUGUGAAAUAAUGAUAUAAUUCAUUUGUACUCAUUUUCUGGGUCUGCCCUGCUGUGGUUUUAGAGGGGGUGGCUUAUGGAUGGCUGUAAUGUUACGUUGAGCUUCAGAGGUCAAAAAGUGAAAUACAGUAGUAAAAUAUUAACAUUAUAGCA